AUGUCAAGCCCUAGUAAACCUCAAGAAAACGUAAAAGAAAGCGGGCAACCCGCGCAGGACAAGGCGUUCACCCCGCCACCAGCAUACGUAAACACCCCACCCCGCCCGGCGACUGAGAUGGAGCGAAACAGACCUGGCUUUGUCGUCAUCUCCAGAGAUGAGGAUAGAGGACGGGAAGUGGGUGGGAGCAGUAGCGGGGCUAGUAGCGAUACUGCUGUCAAUAUGUCCAACGAGAACCAAGGGUUACCCAAAGACCAAAGCCAACAAGGCCCGACCAAGUACGAACAAUGGUACCCCGGCGAUGCGUCCCAUAACGGUCGUCCGGCCUGUUGGAACAGAGUCUUUUGCUGUGGUUAUGGGCUGGGAUGUUUGCUUUGCCCUUGUGGAAGCUGGAGCUGUAAGCAGGAAAGAAGUUGAAAUUGUUGAAUCGAAUUGGAAGC